AUGAUGAUCAUGCUGCUGCUUGCCUGGUUGUUGCUCAAGUGUAUGUUUUUGAGGUUCAGUUCUAAGAAGGAAUUCGGCAAGGAGGUAAAGCUUAGUGAGAAGGCCAUGUAUGAGAUACUGAAGGAGGAAUACAGGAAUCUGGGACCCUUCUCCUUCGCCGAGAUCAACGUCACGCUCUGUUUCUUCCUGCUGAUCUUCCUGUGGUUCUCCCGGGACCCCGGCUUCAUACCUGGCUGGGGGUCGAUCACCUGGGUGGAGGGCAAGACAAAGUAUGUCACCGACGCCACCGUGGCCAUGUUUGUGGCCAUAUUGCUAUUCAUUGUGCCUUCACAGAAGCCCAAGUUCAACUUCUGCAAGCAGACUGAGGAAGGUAAUGCCUCUGUCUUGGCCUCGCAUUCAUCAGGGUUGGGGGCCUGGUAGCAAAGGCUCUCCAUGGAAGUCCCUGGGCUUAGGAGGGAGAAAAGCCCACACCAUCAAAGAGGACUGGCAAGAUUGCCGAGUCUGGGCAGAGGGCAUUUUUCAAGCCCUCCCUGGGUAUUGUUUAGUGCAAAAUCUCUUUUGCUUUUUAAACAUUUGAAAUCAUAUUAAUAUUACAUCAGGAACAGAAAAAUGUUUUGAAUUUCCCAUAACACCAUCAGUAUUAUUUUGUUUUCUCUCUUCUUACCAGUUUUUACUAAUAUGCAUGUAUAUUAUAUGACUAUAAUCAAAACACACCAUUUGAAUCCUGUUGCUUUGUUGUUUAUGUUUUCAAGUUUUUGACUGGGUUAUUCUAUAGACAUUUCCUGCUCUUGCCUGAGUCUUCAAACUUAUCUUCCC